UUGCCUGAAAUUUCUCAUACACGACAAAUGCAAUAUGGCAGCCUUUAGUGAAGGAGAAAUGCGUUCUCGUAUCCCUGUUAUCGUUAUUCUGGGUGCUACGGGAUCUGGAAAAUCAAAGUUAGGAAUCGAAAUUGCAAGGAAAUUUGCAGGAGAAAUUCUGAGUGCAGAUUCAAUGCAGGUGUACAAAGGGCUGGAUAUAAUUACGAAUAAAGUGACGGCCGAAGAACGACUUCUGGCGCCACAUCAUUUGUUGGACAUCGUGGAGCCGCUGCAACGUUUCACCGUAGUAGAUUUCCGGAACAGAGCUCUGCCUGUAAUAGAGAAGUUGAUGCAGGAUGGUAAAUUACCAGUGAUUGUGGGAGGCACCAAUUAUUAUAUCGAGUCACUGUUGUGGAAAGUUCUAGUGGAGAAUCCAGUAAAACAGAUGAAGUUGCCCGGUGACGAUGAGGAAACACACAGUGAUGGUUCAAGUGAUGGUGGAACACUGAAAGAACAUGUCGCUGACAAUACUGAGUCAUUGUCUGUAAAGCAGAUAGUGCUUGAUGGUAAUAGCUGUGGUGAUAAGCUCCAGGAUGUCACCUGUCAAAAUGAGGAUCUUGAUAAACGUAGUUUUGUUUCGAAGUGUGGAAAGAGAGCUUUGGAUUGUGGUGACGAGGUCCAAAAUAUCAAGUGUCAAGCAUGUGGCGUGGGGUUGAAACCCUUUGAUACUGGAUGUCAAAUAAAAGUGCACAGUGAAGAGAGGCAGGCACAAGAUGGGCAAGAAGUGAACUGUGUUUUAGAGGGGCCAAAUCUGAAGAGUACCGAGUGUCAUAAAGAAGUGGACUGUCGUAGUUCUGACUCUACCGAAACCCAGAAUUCAGUAUUCUGUGAAAAGAAUGAUAUAGAGCUUACUCGAAACGAGAACAUUGAGGAAGGCAUAGACCGUGGUGGUGAUAUGCCAAAGCCAGUCAUACAGAGCCAGUCGCAUAGUGGAAAUGUUGGUAGAGACCAUGUUGAUGAAAGCAGAAGUAUGCUCAGAGAGAAAAGUCUCGACGGCUGCCCGGUGGGUAGUGCAGAAUUAAGUAGUAUGCGUACCAACGUAAAAGUGUGCUGUAAAACUGAAGUUAUGGAGGAAGUGGAAAGUGUCACUAAUGAGCAGGUAGUAAGCUUGCAUAACAAGAAUCCAGAAAUUGAGGUAGAUACUGAGCUAGUGUAUGAGCGUGACAGGAAGAGGAUGCUGGAGGCACUGAAUGACGAGAACACAGAAAGUAAGAAGUUGAGAGUGCAGGGUGUUACUGUGGAUUUGAUGGAUGAGGCCGCCCUGGAACAUUUGCCAAGUCCGCAGCUGUAUGAGAGGCUACAAGCGGUGGACCCUGACAUGGCACAAAGUCUUCAUCCCAACAAUAAACGCAAGAUCAUAAGGUCACUGCAGGUGUAUGCACAGACUGGCCGCACGCACAGCUCCAUCUUGCGGGAGCAGCGAUCGGCAGAUGGCGGUAGUGAGCUGGGUGGCCCCCUACGUUUCCCGCACUCAUGCAUACUAUGGUUGCAGUGCGAUCAGAAGGUUCUUGACGAACGCUUAGACGUGCGCGUGGACACCAUGUUGGAGCAGGGAUUGGUGCAGGAGCUGCUGGAUUUUCAUCGUCGCUAUAACAAGGAGCGGCUUGCUACAAGCACUGAGGCAGACUACACGAAGGGUAUAUUCCAGUCAAUAGGAUUCAAGGAGUUCCAUGAGUACCUGGUACUCAGUGAAGAGGACCGUGACUCUGAAAAGGGUUCCAAAUUGUUCCAUGUGGGAGUGGAUGCACUGAAACUUGUUACCAGACGAUAUGCACGACGCCAGCUGCGCUGGAUCACUAACCGUUUCCUGUGCAGGCCCAGUCGACAGGUUCCACCUGUGUAUGGACUUGAUGCUACUGAUCCAAACCUCUGGAAUGAACAUGUACUGGGGCCUGCACUGCAGAUAGUUGAAAGCUAUCUGAAAGGUUGGGCACCUGCUGGGAUUGACCCUCUGCCUGUCACUGAGCGAUCUGUUAAGAAUGACUUGAAAAUCCACCAUUGUGAUGUGUGUGAUAGAAUGUUUAUCGGAGACAUACAGUGGAAUGAUCACUUGCACUCCAAGAAGCAUCGCAGAAUGUUACAACGCAAGCAACUACAUAAAGACUGAUGUUACAGUUAUUUGUUCGAGGCAGAUUUAUUUUUCCACGCAUACACACCUCCCUUCAGAGCAGUGUUGUGCAAUGCACAUUAUGCUGCUGCCAUAUACUACUCCUGAUGAUGGAGGCAGCAAGGACCACUGAUACAUUGACAAAUAUCUACCAGACUACAUGGUGCUACAACCCACAAGACAGCCAUCUUCAGACUCACCACUAUGCAAACCUCAAAUCCUACUUACACAAAUUCUGUAAUGUAUCCACAAGAUAAUCAAUUUUUUGCUGAGUAAAUGACAAUUGAAUGGUG